AUGUCUCUCCUCUCCCUCGCCAAUGAGAUUCUUCUCAUUAUCGCAUCCAACCUCUCCACUCGUGACCUGAUAAACUUUCAGGUCAACCACCGUUUACACUCUCUCCUCACACCCACUUUGACCCGCCUCAUGCUCGCUAGGAAAGACCCCCUCCUUCUCUGGGCCGCGCACAAGGGCCGCGCACCACUUCUCCGGCGACUUCUCGCCAACGGCGCCUCCCUCGCCUACGUCGGCAACCGGCACGAUUGGCCACGCAAAGAGCUUUACCAGCAGCGCACCGUCCUCCAUCUCGCCUCGGAGUGCGGACACGUAGAGCUUGUAAAGCUGCUGAUUACCGAGGGCGCCGACGUUAACAACGCACAGCACAAACCACAGCAGUACGCGUCGACAGCGCUGCACCUCGCGGCGAAGCGUGGGGAUGUGGCGGUGGCUGAGGCGCUUGUGGACGGCGGUGCGGAGCUGGAGCUCAAGGACCGGUCGGGUGCAACAGCGUUAUUUUUUGCUGUCAAGGGUGGGCAUAAGGAGGUAGUCAAGUUUUUAGUGGAGAGGGGAGCCGACGUCAAUACGACAGAUUGCGCAAUGACAACUCUGUAUCAGAUGGCUUCCACCCGCGGGUUCCCGGAGAUCGGGGGGGUCCUGUUGGAUGCGGGAGCUGUGCCAGAAGCGACAGAUGAGGAUCAGUCCACCGCCGCGGAUUCGAACCCCCCCAGAGUCGCACUAACCGCAACGGCCUGGGGCCUGUGGCCUAUUUGCGCGAAUUUGUUUCUCGAUUCGGGAAGAUUAAAGUUACCAGCAAAGUGGGGACGUAUGAUAAGAAGGGAGUUCGGGCUUCUGGCCUGUUAUUCCAAAAAGGAUUUCGAAUCGUGUGUUUUUCCCCCAGACGCCGCCCCAGGACUGCGGGGCUCCCUCCCGGGGAUGUUGAUUGAGCACCUACAGGAAGGUGGAGUUAUUAACAGUAUCGUUAUUUAA